AACAGCAUCAUUCGUCGCGAACUGUUCGAAAACCGCAGAUCAAAACACCAACCACCAAUCACCAUGAAAUUCCUGAUUGUCUUCGUUGCCCUCUUCGCCCUGGCUCUGGCUGCUCCUGCUGAGGAAGUUUCAAUCUUGAAAUCGGAAUCCGAUGUUGGACCCGACAGCUACAAAUACAUCUAUGAGACUAGCAAUGGCAUUUCGGCCGCAGAGCAGGGUGUGCUUCAUAAAGCUGGAACCGAAAACGAGGCCAUCUCCGUCCAGGGCUCCUACAAGUUCGUGGGUGAUGAUGGUGUGACCUACGAGGUCUCCUACAUCGCCGAUGAGAACGGAUUCCAGCCCCAGGGUGCCCAUCUGCCCGUUGCCCCCGAGGCUUAAGUCAGUCGAAGCCGACUACCCAGUUCCUUGUUAAUAUCGUUUAACGGCCACAUAAAUAUCUUAUUCCUUUAUAAAGAGGGAAUGAGAACAUAAGUCAAAAAAUCUGAAUUGUUGUAUAUUAAAGAAAAAAUGAGUACAUACAAAA